CCCCACCGGCGGCGCCACCGGAGCUCUCGGAGACGAAUUUCCCACCGAUCCCUCAGCUGGGUGGGCCUGCAGGGGAGCGUGGUGGGCCUGGAGUCGGGGCCGGGGAUGCAGCGGCUGCGGGCCGUCCCCUCGGCCCAUCCUUCGGGUUCAACUUUGCUGAACUGGUUGCCCGAGUGCCUCCCGCCUCGUGUGGGCUGCAAGUGUGGUCAUGUCGGGUCGGGUCGGCCCGGCCCAGGCCUGCAAGCCCGUGCAGGGCCAUAUAAGAAGUGGUGGUGGGUGCUGAAAGGGGUCAAGCCAGUCCAUUUAGGGUUUCCAGCCGUGCCGUGCGAUAUCACGAAGUGGGGUGCAAGGGCGCGGGUCAUUUCACCGGCAGCGGCGAUUAGAAUGGAGAAGGACUGGCGGCUGCAUGUGCAUGGCCGCAACAAGCGUCCUCGCGAGGAUCCCUCUAGCGAGGAGGCUCGGGCGCUGGAGCAAGACCUGAGGUCCCAGCUCUCGACGUGCAGGGAGCCGCCGUCAAGGAAGGGGUCUAGCGCAGUCGGGGAAAGGGGUUCCCGGUCACCGCGACGCUCGUCUUCCCGCGGCCGCGAUUCCUCCUCUGGGCUCCCUCCGUCGCCGCGGAGUGGUCCUCCGCCUCUUGGUCAACCUCGCUCCUUGGGCCGGGGCGGCGGGGGUAGCGUCACGGAUGGAGGUGGUGACCAGGGCUCUUGGAGGGUGGAUGGAGGUGGCGACCGUCGUGCUCGAGACGGAGAAGUGGGACAAUUUCGACAAGUGAGGAAGGGCGAUGGGGGUGGACGCGGGGGAUUCGGCCAGGCUACGACCGAGGUGAUGUGCUUCAAAUGUGGGUGUAAUGGCCACUAUCAGAUUGAGUGCAAGAACGAGCCCCUCUGCUUCUUAUGCAAGGAAGAAGGCCACACCUCGUCGGCAUGCCCUUUGCGUCAAGUAAAGCCGGAAUUGGUUAUGUACGGUUUCGGGGUCAAAGAUCAAGGUUUUUACCAGCUUGAGGGAGGGUGAGCGAGGAGGUGCUCAUCCCGGCUAAUGCAGCCUUGCUGGUGGUAACAGAAGGGGAGGCCACGGAGGGAUCGAUUCGGGAAGAUCUUAGUGACAUGUGGGAAUCGGACUGGGACGGGCAGGUCACCCAGAUUCGGAGGAACUGCUUCUCAGCGGUCUAUCCGUCGAAAGAGGUCUUGCGGAUAGCCAAGAAGAGUGGCACGAUCACGCUACCUAUCAGUGAACACAAGGCCGAAGUUGGCGAGCCAUUCAAGGAACCUCAGGCGGUGUCGUGGCUCAAGGAGU